UUGAGCUGCGAUUCUCACUUUGUAAUUCAACUGGAGAAAGGAUUAAGUGUCCAAACACAGAGAAAAACUCCUGCUGAAGCGACUGAUCUCCACACUGUUAUAAAGAUGGCGUUUAUUAAAGAGGAGAGUGAAGAUGUGAAGAUUGAAGACACAUUCACAGUCAAACAGGAAGAUCUGCAGGAACAAACAGAGCUGAUGGUGCUGAAAGAAGAGGCUGAUGAACUAGAUGAAAGGAAAGAGAAACACCAAGACACAACGACUGAUGAAAAACCCACACUAGCUAAAAAGACUUCAUCACGCGGGAGACCUCGGAAAUCCAAAUCUGAGUGUAACUUCACUUGUCGUCAAUGCGGAAACGGUUUCAAUCGGAAACAAAACCUUCAAGUCCACAUGAGAAUUCACACCGGGGAGAAACCUUACACCUGUGAACAGUGCGGGAAGAGUUUCUGCCAAAAGCCAAAUCUUAAAAUUCACAUGAGAGUUCACACAGGGGAGAAACCUUACACCUGUGAACGGUGCGGAAAGAGUUUUGCUAAAAUUCAUGGCUUCAAAGCCCACAUGAGAAUUCACACCGGAGAGAGGCCGUACACAUGCCAGCAGUGUGGGAAAGGCUUCUAUCAUACGGGAAACUUAGCAGUGCACAUGAGAACUCACACUGGGGAGGAGCCUUACACCUGCAGUCAGUGCGGAAAGGGUUUUAAGCAGAAUUGCAACCUUGAAGUCCACAUGAGAACUCACAAUGGAGGGAGAACAUUCACUUGCACACAGUGUGGGAAAGGUUUUCCUCAAAAACAAAACCUUGUUAUCCACGUGAGGACUCACACUGGAGAGAAACCUUACAUAUGCACAGAGUGCAGUAGAGGUUUCAUAUGUAAAAGCACGCUCAAAUACCACAUGAUAAGUCACGCCGGAGAGAAGCCGUUUGUAUGUUCUCAGUGUGGAAAGAGCUUCACAACCAAAGCUAGCCUCAUGAACCACACGAAUGGUCACACCGGAACCAUCGUGUUCACAUGUGAUCAGUGUGGAAAGAGUCUCACACGUAAAGACUCCAUUAAGCAACACGUGAGAAAUCACUCAAGAGAGCAACGUUUUCGAUGCAGAGAGUGUGGAAAGGACUUCAAACAUAAACGAAGCCUCAGCACUCAUUUGAAGCUUCACAAUGGAGAGCAGAGUCCUCAAAAUGGAGGCCUUGUCCCCCAAACGUGGGUGUAUUCAAGGUAAGGAGAAACGACCACGGAAGAAAGGCAAGCAAGGGAGAAGGUGAGGUGAACCAUCUGACUUCGAUUCCAGCCGCUGUAUGGCUUGAAAAGGUGAGUCUUUAUUUGGGACUGGUGAUUGCUGGUGCAGGUGUGUCUCAUUAGUAAUCAGGG